AUGGAUGAAGGAUUCCAGAAAAACGACUGUGGAAACUCCCCCGUAGUCAUUAAUACGCAGAGAAUAGAUAUAGUAGACUGUUCCAAGAAGUUUCUUGACAAGAAGAAAGUCAAGAUGGAACUGGCCUGGAAGGUGAUGACCAAGAGAGGUGUGACCCGCUCCGUAGAUUACUUGUACGCGCCUAAUUGCCCACAAGUCUGUCUAUUUGAUUUUUUUCUUCUAGAACAAGACUACAAUAAAGCUAUUGAAUUAUACAGUAAAGCGAUAGAGUUGAAUCCUAAUGUGGCAAUUUAUUAUGGAAAUAGAAGUUUUGCAUAUCUCAAAACUGAAUGUUUUGGUUAUGCCCUUUUAGAUGCAUCAAAAGCAAUAGAACUAGACAAGUCAUAUAUAAAAGGAUUUUAUAGAAGAGCUGCUGCUUAUAUGUCUCUAGGAAAAUUUAAAGAUGCCCUUAAAGAUUAUGAAUAUGUAACCAAAGCUAGGCCAACUGAUAAGGAUGCAAAAUUGAAAUAUACGGAGUGUUACAAAAUUGUAAAAAAGAUUGCAUUUGAAAAGGCCAUUGCUGUUGUUGAUACAAAAAAGAAUAUAGCUGAUACCAUUAAUUUAGAUGCUAUGACAAUUGAAACUAAUUACAAAGGACCAGAAUUAGAAGAUGGUAAAGUAACAUUAAAGUUCAUGAAGGAAUUGAUGGAACUUUACAAAAAGCAGGAGAAAUUGCAUAGAAAAUAUGCAUACAAGAUUCUUUUGGAUGUAAAAACAUAUUUUAUGAAACAGCCAUCAUUAGUUGACAUAACAAUAGGAGAUGAUGAAAAGUUUACAGUGUGUGGUGAUAUACAUGGUCAGUUUUAUGAUCUUAUGAAUAUCUUUGACUUGAAUGGAUUACCAUCUCCUACUAAUCCAUAUCUAUUCAAUGGCGAUUUCGUUGAUAGAGGAUCGUUUUCAGUUGAAUGCAUUUUUACAUUAUUUGGAUUUAAACUUCUGUAUCCCAAUCACUUUUUUAUGUCUAGAGGUAACCAUGAGAGCGCCAAUAUGAAUCAAAUGUAUGGAUUUGAUGGUGAAGUUAAAGCCAAAUACACUGCUCAAAUGGCAGAACUUUUUACAGAAGUAUACAAUUGGCUACCAUUAGCACAUUGUUUAAAUAAAAGAGUAUUAGUGAUGCACGGUGGAUUAUUUUCUCGAGAUGAUGUUACAUUAGAUGAAAUUCGAAGGAUUGAUAGAAAUGGGCAACCCCCCGAAGAGGGGUUAAUGUGUGAAUUAUUAUGGAGCGAUCCGCAGCCUCAGGCCGGCCGUGCACCUAGUAAAAGGGGAGUGGGCUGUCAAUUCGGUCCCGAUGUAACGAAGAAAUUCUUAGAAAAUAAUAAAUUAGAUUAUAUUAUCAGAAGUCAUGAAGUUAAGAGUGCUGGUUACGAAGUUGCUCAUGAUGGAAAAUGUAUAACAGUAUUUUCAGCUCCCAAUUACUGUGAUACUAUGGGAAACAAAGGCGCUUUUAUUACCCUUAAUGGUAAAGAUAUGAAGCCACAAUUUACAACAUAUGAAGAAGUGCCCCAUCCCAAUGUUAAACCAAUGGCCUAUGCGAAUUCGUUUUUAAAUUUAAUGUGGUAGUACCUGCUUAUCCUGUUGUAGUA